ACAGCAAUGGACUAGUAACGUGAAUCGCAGCAAAAUCAAAAACGUUUUAUUUAGCGGACCCGCGUUCUUGUGUGAACUGUAUUUAAUUUACAGGUUUGGAAACCGACGAACGCCGCCAGUAAGCCGUCGUAAGUGUGAUAAGCUUGAUGAUCUGAACAACAGUAGCUCGUCAGAAGGGGCUGGAAGCGAUGAUGAAUUUCAGUACGCACAACUUGAUGUUUCUGUCGCUGAAGCUGACAUCUGGAGUACAGCUGAUUUUUUACCGUCUUUGCUUAUCAACACAACGCCAAGAAAAAUACUUGCAGACAUCAAUUCUGCAAGUUCGGUAUUCAACUGUGCUAAAGUGUUUCUAAUGGACGGAGAUAUCAGAGACUUGAAAGCACAAACAAAUCCAUAUGCAGUGCAAACAGUUAUAAAGAAACGUAGUACAAAUCAACUGAAACCUCAUUCAUUAUUGUGUUCAUGGAAGCCAGUUACAUUGACUAACAUGAGUUUCUUGGGCCUCAUUUUCCAUAUGUGCAUUUCCGGAAGGCCAAGAAUGGCAGUUCACUGGUGCUCUAAUCCAAUUGGAAGUUGCAAUUUCUGUUCACAUGUAAUGAGUCGUUUGCGGUAUAUUCAGAUACAUUCUUUCCUACAGCUCACUGACAAUCAUAAGAAAAAAAGCCAGGAGAAGAAGGAUUUCAUCCACUCUUCAAAAUCCUUCCUUACUACAACAGGCUGAGGGAAUGUUGUAUUCAAGCAUGUCGUCCAUCAGAAAAACGUACAAUAGAUGAAGGUAUAUGCCCAUUACGAGCUCAUGUAAGUUUUCAAGUGUAAAUACAGAACAAACCUCACAAAUACGGCUUGAAGCCACACACUGUUGCAGAGGCAAGCAGUGUUAUGUCCUCAAUUUUGGAGUGUAUGCUGGAAAGCAGGUGCUCAACAAUGCGUCAUCAGCAGUUGUCUUGAGGCUCCUGUCUGAAGGCAAUCUGUUGCAUAAAGGCCACACUGUGCACUUAGAUAGAUUGUAUUCGAGUCCAGAUUUGUUUCAGCAUUUGGCUCAAGCAGGAACUGCUGCUGUAGUCAUUGUGAGCAAGUCAAGGAGAUCGAUGCCCCAAGAUUUAGUUGCAACUAAACUACAGAAGGGAGAAAUGACAUACAGGCAUAGAGGUAAUAUGUUGGCAAUGAAAUGGAAGGACAAGAGGGAUGUGUAUUCAUUAUCAACUAGACAUAGGUACACACACAAAAAAGAAUGGUACAUUUGUACUGAAGCCACUUCUAGUUCUAGAUUACAAUUGCAACAAGGUUGGGGGUCGAUCUUGCAGAACAAUGCUUACAGUAAAAUGUAUUUCGACACAGGACAGUAAAAUGGUGUAGGGAACUGUAUUUUCACGUGCUGCUUAUUGGAGUGUCAAAUUCAUUCUUGUUGUACAAUUCGGUGCACCAGAAGAAAAUGACAAUCACUGACUUUUUUUAUAACACUUGCAGCUGAGUUCAGUCAGGAGGAAGUGCAACAAGUCACUGGUACAAAUAUAAAAAGUGUGGAACUGUGGGAAGAUUAUUAAAAAGGCAUUUUCUGUAGCACAUACCAUAAACAUCCAAGAAGCAUACUGCAUGUGCGUGCCAUGUAUGCAGCUCUAGGAGCAAGAAAGGAACUGGAAAAGCUUCCCGCAAAAUAACGCAGUAUCAAUGUGAGCAGUGUGGUGUCACAUUGUGUUUGGGACGUUGUUUGAAAAUAUUCCACACAAAGAAACAUUAUGUUUCGGUGUGAGAAUUGUGUUGAGGAAUAUAAAGAGUGGAUAUAAAUAAAAUA